UGUUGGUCUAAAAUCGCGAAUCUUAGGCGAAGUUUGUUAUGCUUUAAGGGUUUUGGUAUAAAUUCCUGUAAUUAGUGAAAUUUUAUUUUGGCAUUUGAAUUAUUAGUUUUGUGAUGAGAUAAGAUUAAUUUUCAAAUCCCUACUUCGAAUUUUUCAGGUAAAUGAGUUGAACGAAUAUCACUCCAUUGCAACCAAAUUGAACUUCUGAAAAUGGUACAUUUUUCGAAGUGCAUCCUGGGAUUGUAAUGGUGGGCGCGUGAUUUUGAACUAAGUCGUGAUGUCCUCAAUUUUUACAGGUGCAGCCUCCAGUGAUGGAGAGACGAUUGUACCAGAAAUGGGGGAACUAUCAGAAUUCCACCCUGACCAGCUGUCAAACCUUGAGGACAUACAAGAGGCGCUUAACAAGCUGGUAGGUGCCGAGCUCCAGGAUGACACAGACAUGAGCAUGUCUACUGUGGACGAUGUCGAUGUCGUCGACCAUGAAGUUACAAUCGGACAGGACCAGGAAGACAUGGACAUUUCAACACUGCCGGACAUACCCGACAUGGAGAACCGGCAUCAAGAGAUCACUGACAUGUUGGAAGAUAACCUAGAGAUAGGACAGACGAUAACGAUUGAAGCCCCUCCAGUGCCAGUGGAGAAGAAGAUGGUUCCUAUCAAACCUGCCAUGACUGUGCCUGUGUCGUUUCCGCAGCUGAAAACUAUACGUCCCUUACCCGAGGCGCUCAAAGGGAAAAGGCCGGGAUCUUUCAAUCUAACUAGUGUAAAGAAAAGUGUGCUGACCAAAGUUAUAUUCACACCAAACACGCAAAACAACAUUUCGUCAGAUUCACCUAUCCUCAUUGGAGAGUCAGGGGGCCAAGCCAUCAGAAUCAUAGGACAGAACAAAAAUAUCCUCAAUUCUCCAAGAACAAUCACUCUGGCGCAAGCUAGAGAGAUGGGACUCAAGUUAUCUCCGGGAAAAGUACAACAAAUCAUACCUCACCAACAGAGGAGUAUGGUCAGGCAAAGCAUAAUGAUGGAUCCCAGCAAAACAUACGCUAUGGUGAAGUCAUCCCCAACUAAGAUCCUACCUUUGCCCUCUACAGGCCAGCUACAACACAUUGCGCCUUCUAAUCAACGGUUCAUAAUACGUCAUUCCCCAGGAGUGAAGACUGGAUCGUUUGCCAACACAUUUCUGACCAAUGCAACAAGCUCUUCUCAAGGUCAAAUACUGCAGUUUCCUUCUCAGGAUGGGUUGAGCAGUCAGAUACACCAGAUACAGUUACCUGGACAGCAGAAAGUACAGUACGUGAGGCUUGUGACUACCACACCCCCCUCAGCCGCUAACAACGCAGGGGUAGGACUGUCUACAGUAGAGGAACCACCGCCUCCCCCCACCAUCAUACCAGCCCCAACACCCCCAACCACCCCUGCAACCUCACAAGCAGUGUCUGAAGUGCAGCUUGGGAAUUCUUCAGUGAAAAUGUUACAAUUGGCAUCCAAACCUACUACUAAUGCAGCUCAGACCACAAAUUCAUUUGAGAGAGUGUUGGUCAGUCCAGGAUUGAGUCAGCUAUCAGCCAAAUCAGAUACAAAGCCAACCGCCAACAACAUGGUAAUGGUACCAUCGGAGUUCAUCAAGCAUUACAAGCCUCCGCCCGUCCCUUCACCUCCCUCCCCCACCAAGCCUGCACCAGCGUCAGUCCCCCUCCUGACCAAAGCCAAGGAGGUGUAUACGCCCAAGGAAACAUUCGUCCCCCUCACCGCCCCCCAGAGAACCAAGUCGUCGGAGUCUCACAACGGCCUCAGGCCUCGCAAGCCUUGCAACUGUACCAAGUCACAAUGUCUCAAACUGUACUGUGAUUGUUUUGCCAACGGAGAAUUCUGUUUCCAAUGUAAUUGCAAUUGUUGUUACAAUAAUUUGGACCAUGAAGAAGAAAGACAGCGAGCCAUUAAAUCAUGCCUAGAAAGAAAUCCAAAUGCAUUCAGACCAAAAAUUGGUAAAGGUUAUGUCGGAGAUGAAAGACGUCACAAUAAAGGUUGUAAUUGUAAACGAUCUGGGUGUCUGAAAAACUAUUGUGAAUGCUACGAGGCUAAAAUACCUUGCUCCAACAACUGUAAAUGUGUGGGCUGUCGCAACGUAGAAGACGCUAGAGAUAAGAACCAAAAUGAUGGAAGUAAAACCAGUCUACAGAAUUCAUUAAAAAACAAACUUUCUUCAGAAAUACAAGAGAUCGCCAGCAGAUCCAAUAAUUUUUCGAAUCAGGGAACGAGACAACCGUUCAACCUGAUGACACAAGAGGUGGUUGAGGCUACGUGUCAGUGUCUGCUGGCCGUCGAGGGAGACACCAAAUCUCAAGUCUCGGAACAAGUUGAGAGACUAAUCCUUGAGGAGUUUGGCCGCUGUUUGGUGCAAAUCAUCGAUUGUGCUAGCCGGACUACAGUGAACAGUAACACAUAACAUCGACCAAUGUUGUAUCCGAACUGUUUUGUGAUAACAUUUAUUAUAGAUCCUUUAUAUAAUUCGUUCAGUUACCUAUACAAAGUUUAGAAAAUUUAUAUUGUAUAUAUGUUUAUUAUUGUUGUGUAUUUGAAUUUAGAUUUUAGUUCCCGAAUCUAAAAUCGAGCUGAAUAUUGAUUGUGGAAAAUUAUAAAAUCAUACUUUCUAAUAGUUUAUUUGUAUUGUGUUUUUAUUUAUUGAUUGUUUAAAGUCGACGGUUUUAGAGCUACUGGCUAGUUCUAUGAGAAAUAAAACUUUGAAAUUGGAUAUAGAACAUAA